AUGGAUGAAUUCAGCGUCGAUUGUCUGAGCGUACAAGAAACGCCCACAAGUGUUCAAGCAACGAGUUCCAAGGAAGGCCACAGCGAAUGGAAUCAGGAGAAAAAGAAUGACAAAGGAAUUAGCUCUGAAAGCAUAAAAGAAGAUAAAAACGAUGAAUCACUGAUACAAAAUCCUAGCACUAGCACAGAAAACAACGAAACAACGGCUCAACCGAAGACAACGAGAGAAGCGGAAGGAUGCGGACAGUCAGCUAGAGAGAAAAGUGACGAAGAAGGUACGAACGAAGAAGACGAGGAAAAGGUAAAGACUGAGCCCAUCAAGUCAAAACAAGGAAGUGGAUCCAGCGAAGGCGGCAAGGAUGAUGAAACGAGCACGACGAGCAGUGCAACAACGCAGUCAACUGGGAACAGCUCAAAUGAGAAAAAGUCAAUGGACGACGACGAGCAUGAUUCAGAUGAAGAUAAAUCAUCGAAAUCUCGUGAAGAAAAAGUUGGUUUAACUACGUACUCCAAAGAAUUCCCCGAUGACCGUGCCCUGAAGUUGCGCACAGAAAAAACCGCCCGGCCUGCGCAAACGCGCACGCUGAACGAAGACGAUUAG